AUGCACGCGUGGGCGCUGGCGCUCGCCGCGCUGACGCUGCUGGACGCGGCGCGGGCCGCCAACUCCACGACCUCCAGCGCGACACUCAACACGUUGACCACGAGCUGCAAUGGCGGCUGCAGCAGCAACGGAGCCUGCGUGGUGGUGGGCCAGUCGUCCGCCAACGCCAUCGACUGCGUCAACGACACGAGCUGCGUCACGCUGUCGUCGGGCCAGUCGGCGCUGUGUCUCGACGCCUUCUCCUCCACCGCCACCGAGUGGGUCUUCCAGCCGGCCGAGAGCAACGACACGGCAGGCGCCGGCCCCUUCGAGCGCGUCGGACUGCUGCAGCUGGACGACCAUGUCACGGACCUGACGUUCACGAAGGCGGAGCAAGGCGAGGAGCCGCUAUCCGGCUCGCUCGAGCUGUCGUCCAUGAACAUCCAGCCGGACGCGACGCUGGAUAAAGUCACCUUCAGGAACCUCAGCUUGACCGGACUGGACAGCGCGCUACCCCUGAACAGCGUCAGAAGAAUGUACGUUGUUGAUCUAUCCGGUAACGCCAUCGCCGAAGUGGACACGGACUUCCAGGAAGAGUCCUUCACCAACCUCACCCUGCUUGAUUUAUCAUCGAACGCCUUGACUGGCUUCAGCCUCGUCGCGAACAACUUCCCGGCCAUCACAACUUUAUAUCUCCAUGACAACUCCUUGAAAACAAUUCCCAGUGUGGUCUUCAAUCUUUCGAAGCUGCAGUUCUUGUCGCUAGUCGACAACCCAAUCAACGCUUCAGGUUUGACAGUAGCUCAGCUCACGUUCCUGGCGAAUCUGGAGUUAUUUACAAUCGAUGGAACCACCAACACAAGCGCUUGUCCGACCACUGCCGUCCAGACCAAGCUCAAUGAUUCCUUCACGUUCUGCGUGGGGAACAACAGCGACGUCGGUUCUUCAAAUUCCACGGUUACCGAGCAGCCAGCUACGACGAUGCCCGCAACAACUGAGGGAGACUUGUCGUCGUCUUCAUCCCACAGGACGUGGAUCAUUGUCGGUGCAUGUUUGGGGGCUGUUGUGUUGCUGGCGAUCGUGGGAUUGAUUUGGUGGUGCUGCCGUCGACGACGAAACGAGCAGCCCAAGCUUAUGAACAGCACCACACCGUCAAUCGCAGUCGGCAUGGGCGAUCUGUCCGACCACCCAUACAUGGAGCUAGGUGUUCCCCGGUCGAACGCCUCAAGCCAGACGACCUCGGACUUCGAACUACUCGCGUCUGUGGCGGACGGCUACAUUGGCUUGACCCGGUUGUCUUAUGACGACGUGUUCUUGCACAAAAUGCUGCGCGUGAGCAGCCGUUCCGAGCUGUGGCUCGGAGAGUACAAGCAUGAGGCUGUGCUCGUCAAGAAGAUCAAGAGCAACACGGCGUCGAAGGCGUUGAUGCGGGACUUCGUGACUGAGAUUGAACUCAUGUUUGAGCUGAAACACCCGCGAAUUGCAGCAUUCCGUGGCGCUAUGUGGGAUGCUGACGGAACAGAGCUCUGCGCCGUGGUCGAGUACGUUGAAAAGGGCGCAUUGCGUGACUGCACGGUCAACAACGCAGUCGAGUUGUCGGUACCAAAGCAGCACGCUAUCGCCCGGCAGAUCUCUGAAGCGAUUGCUUUCCUGCACAAGCAAAACAUUGUGCACGGUCGGUUGAAUGCUUUCAACAUCCUUUUGGACAAGGAUUACUCCGCCAAGCUCAGUCUGUUCAGCAUCUUCCACUACGUCAAGCUCUCGCCGCUGGACAACGAAUGCAAGGUCUUCGUGGCUCCUGAGGUUCUACGCGGUGAGCAGCCAACGGAGCGAUCCGACGUCUACGCAUUCGGCGUGGUCCUCGUGGAGAUCGACACGGGCGAAACCCCGGUCAUGAAUGCGCGGAAACUUUCAAUGGAGCGUUCCGGCCGUGAAGACGUUCUCUCUCCGACUGCAAAGAAGACUGGGUUCCGCUUGAGCUACCUCUGCUCCGGCGUGAUGAAGGAGACCAUCUCGGCUUGUCUUGAAAAGGACCCCGCUCGUCGGCCGUCCAUGGCUGACGUGGCGCUAGCAUUCAAGAAUGGUGCGAUGAAGCUUUGA